GCAGUUUGGUCAUAAUAAGAUGAUUAGAAUCAUGCUUGUAAACCUUCAGUCAAAAGGAGAUACAAAUUAUUGAGGAUUAUUCUCAAACAGCUGGGAGACAUGGAUGAACAAGAAUUUCGGCGCCUUCUUGAUCUCUUCCCUGUUGUUCGAUCUGGUGAUUACCAUGCCGAGUCUGCUUCAUCUAGACAAGCAGCUUCUUGUUCAGCAUCAAAUGAGGCGAUUAAGGACUGGCAAGAUGCAUGGCAUGAUGAAAGAAAAGAAACAGAGAAUCAAGGAACUGAUCUGCACGAUAAGUUCUGGCAGAAGCUAAAGUUGACAGCUGAGAAGAAGGUUGGUGCAGCAGAGGCAGACAAACUUUGCAAGGCUUUUCAACACGUUCACAGGAAACUUGUGUACGAGGGGCUGAGUUUUGAAGCUGCUCAGAAGUUCCUAAACUCAUGAAACUGCUGAAGAGAUAGUCCCUUCAUGGCUAAUACCUGUUUUAUAUUGUUAGGUUCUUUUCUUCAUCUGUUUUUUUCCCCUUCUUGGUUAUGAAGAAGUUGCAGAACCUGUUUUGGGAAAAUUUAUGAUAAAAAAACUAUUCUUGUUGUGCAUUGUUAAAUGAGUUUCAUCGUAUUUGACAGUCAUUCUCAAUGUAACCUACAUUCAAAAGAUUAAGACAUCCUAGACUUUCAAUUUUAUA